GCUCAGAGUCUCACCAGUGAGAUUGCCGGACGUACACACAUCAGAGAGAGAAAAGGACCUCGUUUUUCCCCGGCCCCUGCCCGAGGGUGAGCUGUUCAGCCGGAAGUUUUUCUGAAUUUACCAGGUACUUAGAACCUGGAAGAAUCCCUAGCGAUGAAGCUGAGUCUCAUCAAAGUCGUUAAUGGCUGUCGUCUAGGAACAAUUCAGAACCUGGGCAAGGCAGGCGACUGCACGGUGGACAUCCCGGGCUGUCUUCUCUACACCAGGACGGGCUCUGCCCCACACCUGACGCAUCACACACUGCAUAAUAUCCAUGGGGUCCCAGCCAUGGCCCAGCUCACACUGUCAACCUUGGCAGAACAUCAUGAAGUCUUGGCAGAGUAUAAGAAAGGAGUUGGGAGCUUUAUAGGCAUGCCAGAAUCCCUCUUCUACUGCUCCCUGCACGAUCCAGUCAGCCCCGGCCCUGCUGGUUAUGUGACAAAUAAGUCUGUGUCCGUGUGGGGUUUUGGAGGUCGCGUGGAAAUGACUGUUUCCAAGUUCAUGGCGAUUCAGGAGGCCCUGCAGCCAGACUGGUUCCAGUGCCUCUCAGAUGGGGAGGCAUCGUGUGCAGAAGCAACUUCCAUAAAAAGGGCCAGGAAGUCUGUGGAUCGGUCACUUCAGUUCCUGGACAGCUGUUUGCGACUACAGGAAGAGUCUGAGGUCCUUCAGAAAAGUGUGGUCAUUGGAGUGAUUGAAGGUGGAGAUGUGAUGGAAGAGAGGUUGAGGUCGGCACGAGAGACAGCCAAGCGGCCCGUGGGGGGCUUCCUUCUGGACGGCUUUCAAGGGAACCCCACGGUCCCAGAAACCAGGCUGCACUUGCUGUCGUCGGUCACCACAGAGCUGCCCGAGGACAAACCAAGGCUCAUCUGCGGGGUCAGCCGGCCGGAUGAAGUGCUCGAGUGUGUUGAAAGAGGAGUGGACUUAUUUGAGAGUUUUUUCCCCUAUCAAGUGACCGAGCGGGGCUGUGCCCUGACUUUCACCUUUGAUUGCCAGCUGAAUCCUGAAGAGACAUUAUUGCAACAAAAUGGAAUCCAAGAAGAAAUAAAAUGCUCGGAUCAAAUAAAGAAAACCGAAGCAACUGGGUGCAACCAAGAAAUGACAUCAUUGGAAAUUAAUCUGAAGGAGAAAAAGUACCAGGAAGACUUUAGCCCGCUCCUGAGCGGGUGCUCCUGUUACUGCUGUAAGAAUCACACUCGCGCAUACAUCCACCAUCUGCUGGGGACCAACGAGCUCCUGGCCGGCGUCCUGCUUAUGAUGCACAACUUUGAACACUACUUCAAAUUUUUCUGCUCCAUCCGGGAAGCACUCAAAAGUGACACACUGCCACAGUUGAAAGAACUCAUCCGCAGACAAAUGUCUUGAGAACUGGAAAAUGCACACCUGCCUUGUCUCUGGAAACAGUGAAGAAGCAGAGAUCUGAGCUUUCAACCUUCGUGGUGGGAAUGAAGACAUCAGCCUCAAACGGUCCAUGGGAGUGUAGAGGAAGGUCUUCUGGAGAGUUCAGUGGACAACAUUGAUCAGAGUGAUUUGAACCGUGAUUUAAACUUCUUUCUAGGCUUAUUCCACUAGGAGAUAGAGAUUCAUUUAGUGAAGACAACUCGUUAGAUGGGAGAGAGACUUUUGAAAGGGUGACGAGCUUCUGAUGGCUGAGUGGAGAAGACUGUAUGAGUAGCUUGUCAUCUGAGGCACAGCCGUUGCCUGGAGAAGGAAUUCACUGAUUCCACCAACGG